AUGGACAAUGUAGCUGCCGCAGCAAUGGACACCGUAAUGUGGACGGAUGCCAACACCUCUGCCAACGACAACAACAAUAUUGUUGACUCACAAUCAUCAAUCGAUAAGAUGUUCUCCAACAAUCCAUAUAAUAAGAAGAACUUACAGUUCCCAUUCAAGCUACCAUCGAUAUUGGAUAUCAUCAAGGAUGGAAUGCAUACAGUUAAGCAUAUCGAAUGGAAAGAGGACCAAACUCCACUAUUCUGGAGUUUAUCACAUGUCCUAAGUCAACUUCCAAUAAUAGGUGAUGAAAUCGUAAAGAGAAAUGGAUAUGCUAAUCCUACACAUGCUAGUUUGUUUGUGUCACCAACUGGUGAGAUACCAAGGAUAACCAUACCAGACUAUUUGGUACGUUUGGUAAAGUUCUCUCCGUGCUCAAAGGAAUGCUUCAUCAUGAUUAUAGUAUACAUCAAUCGUCUCAUCACUCAAUCAAACUUCAUCGUAACGAGCUUUAAUAUUCAUAGACUUUUAAUCACUGCCAUACUAGUGGCUUCCAAAUAUAUUGAUGAUAUAUUCUAUAACAAUGAAUAUUAUAGUCAUAUAGGAGGUGUGACUAGGGACGAGCUCAAUAAGCUGGAAAUUGAUUUCCUGACUUUGUUGGAGUUUGACGUCUCAUGUCCAUGGUACGAGUACUUGGAGUACUUCUCACUGUUGGAUAACUUUGUUGCUCACAUCAGACAACUCAGACACAAGAAUGCCAUCCAGGCACCAAUUGCUAUCCAGGCAUCUCCAGUACCAGUACCAUCUCAUAUAUCAUUCUCGGCCAGUUCAUCACCAACUGCAUCAAUGUCACCAGUACCAUCAACUACAACAUUCCCAUCCAACAUGCCAAUCAAGACCAACUCCAACAACACAACUAAAGUUAUGACCAACAACAAUUAUAUAAUUGUAAACAAUACUGGAAACAACAAUCAUAUAUCAACAUCAUCAUCAUCUCAAUCAUCUCAAGUAGUUCAACAAAUGUGUAAUAACAGUAGUACCAACAAUAGUAGUAAUGUUACACAACCAGUGAAUGUACCAACGGCCACUGCCAACAUCACGACUACACGUAGAAAGUCCAUCAUCCGAGAUCAGGCAUUCUUCCCCAUGCCAACAUGUAUCUCAUAG